UUAGGUGAUUAUCUUAUUUUCAAGAAAUUAGUUUUUAUUUUAUAAAAAAAAUAAGUAUUUUUUAAUAAGUUAUAUUUUCAUUUUUUUUUUUUUGUUUUAUUUUAUUUUGUUAGAGAUAAUAGUUCUUUAAGAUGGCAUUAACAGUUAAAAGUUCGAUAAUUAAAUCAUCAGACAGCAUGAAAAAAUAUUUUGGGUAUCUGUGUAACAAUGAAGAAUUAUCCGACAUUUAUUUUGUUCUUAAAAAUGAUAAUAAGGAUGAAAAACAACAUCGAAUUCCCGGCCACAAACUUGUUUUAAGUGUUCGUAGUGAUGUAUUUAAAAGUAUGUUUUUUGGCAGUUUAGCCACAAACACUGCCGAAAUUGAGAUACCAGACGUUGAUCCGACAGCAUUUAUGGUACUACUUAAUUUUUUAUAUUGCAAUGAUAUAUUAAUUAGUUCAGAAACAGUGAUGAAUAUUUUAUACGUUGCAAAGAAAUAUAUUGUACCUGAAUUAGAAAAUCAUUGUGUUGAGUUUUUAGAAAAAGAAUUAGCUGUCGAUAAUGCUUUUUUUAUAUUAAAUGCAGCUCGUUUAUAUGAUGAACCAAAGUUAGCAGCUUUAUGUUUAGAUAUGAUUGAUAAAAAUACAACAGAAAUAUUGGAUAGUGAUGGUUUUACAGAUAUUGAUUUGAAAACUUUAAUUUCGGUAUUGGAACGAGACACAUUACAAGCUUUUGAAUCGAAAUUAUUUCAAGCAAUUAUAUUGUGGUCAGAAGCAGAAUGUGGUAGAAAACAACUGACUGUAACACCAGAUAAUCAACGUCAUGUGCUAGGCCGAGCACUUACUUUAAUACAUUUUUCAUUUAUGACAAUGAAAGAAUUUGAAAAAGGACCAAUUCAAAGUGGAUUAUUAGAUGAUAGUUACAUUAAACGAGUUUUGAUGGAUAUUGGAUCAAUUACAAAUUCGACGGAGAGACCAAGAUGUAGUAAGGAUCCUCUUGAGGUAUAUUUAAAAUUCUAUCAUGGUGAAACGAAAACUAUACCAGUAUUGCUAGGAGCUAAAACUUCUCCGAGAUGGUUUCAAUUUUUUAAGCCAGUUUUUAUUGUUGGUUUUGUUGUACUGAAUAUUUCAAAAAAUGAAUCUAACGUGGAAUUGGCAUUGGCAUUAUAUAAUCCAUUUAACAUUAUAAAACAGAAUAUUAAGUCAUCUUCAUCUUCAGAUCAACUGGUUUUCAUGUUAAACAAACCUAUUAUGCUAACUGGAAAUGAAAACUGCUGGUGUUGUGUUAAUAUUACUUGUAAUGAGUUUGCUGAUUAAUUUUGCGAUGUUUCCGCCUACCUCGGUAGCCGCGGAACAACAUACACACAGGACGCACCUGCAGGUGCAAAUGUGGAUGGUGUAUGUAGCCGAUGCUACGGAUUGGGAAUGGAAGAAUACUAAUCCUGGUAUAGAACCUAUCACUACAAUGGCCGAUCCAGCACCAGAAUUUUUGCUGAAUACGUGUUUCGUGCAAAUGCAAAACGGAGUUGCGGAAUGAUCACAAAGCGGUACUUAAAAUUUCUGUUUCUGUAGAAUGAGCUACUACCGGGGCGGUGUAGAAUGAGCUUCUGGAC